AUGAUUGCUAAAACAAUAAUAAGCGAAGCAACAUCGUUUGUUAGUGGUGGUGCUGCGGACGAUGAUGAAAUAGAGGAAAAGGAGAUGCUCAUUCUCAAUCAAGAGAAUGACCACAGUACGAAUAAUAACACAGAUACCGAGAACGAAGAUGAAGACGACACCGACGAAGACCAUUCAACGAUACAUAGUAAUAGUAUUCGUCAUAGUAAGAGCACAAGUAACAACAGUCUAAAGUUAAAGACAAUAUCAGAGGUAUUACCAGAUAGUAUACUAUUAACAAAAGAUAAAUUAGAUGUUAGUGAUGAUAAUGUUAAACAAAGAAUUAUACAAAAACUACAGAAUCAAUCACAUGAUGAACAAUGUGAUGAUAAACACGAUGAACAAUAUAAAUUAUCGAAUUACGAAGAGAUUCCACCCUAUCUUCAAGGCAAUGAAUUCAUUCAAACCGGUUACAGAGUUAAUUUUUCAUAUAGACUAUGUUUUCUAAGUAUUUUUAGAUUACAUAAUGAAACUUUAAAUAUUUGGACACAUUUACUUGCAACUAUAUUAUUCUUUAUUUUGAUGAUAGUAACCAGUACUAGUAUUCUGGAGAAUCCUCAACCAAUCGAUAAAUUCAUUUUCACAGUGUUCUUUAUAUGUGCACAAGCACAGAUGGCAUUCUCUACGAUUUUCCAUACAUUCUGUAGUGUAUCAAGUAAAUCGUAUACCUGGUUUGCCAGAUUAGAUUAUUGUGGUAUCAGUUUAAUGAUUGUAGGAUCUCACUAUCCACCACUUUAUUAUUUAUUAAAAUGUCAUCAACCAUUUGCAAUUGUAUAUAUUUCAGGUAUUACAUUCUUGGGUGUAGUUGGCAUUGCCGUAAGUAUGGCACCAUUUUUCCAGUCAUACAGAUUCCGAACAUUCAGAGCGGUUUUCUUUAUUAUCUUUGGUCUAUUUAUUGUUGUCCCAUUGCCACAUAUUGUUGUACUCGAGAGCUUCUCGUAUGCAUGGCCGAUACUCUGGAGAUUGGCAGUGAUGGGCUCAAUAUAUAUCAUGGGUGCUACAAUCUAUGCUUCGCGAUGUCCAGAGUGUUGUGCACCUGGCAAGUUUGACACUGGUUGGAGCAGUCAUCCAAUCUGGCAUCUAUUCACAAUCGUCGCUGCACUUGUCCAAUUCUACAACUAUGCUAAAGCACUCUAUAACCUCAUUCAAAUAGCAACAUUGAAAAAUUAA